AUUUCUCCUGUAAAGUAAGAGCAAUGGGAGGAAGCUUAGGUUUAUUGGAGGGAGGAGACAAGGAUGAGAUAAAGGAUCUGGUUGAGCUUGCACAACAAUGGCUGGGACAGUGGUUUACGGAGGUUACUGGGGAGCCGUUCAUAAUUAAAAUCAUGGUAGAAGAGGCCACCAAUGGCAUUUUUUCAAUGAAAUCCGAUCAUGUGUUUAAAAUGCUAAGUGACUCCAACAACGAUGUUUCAGAAUCAUGGUCACAAGAUAGUGAAUUUGGCAAUGAGACACAUGAGUCCAUCCAAGAAGGUGGUGGGUCUAAGGGGUACUGGAACUUUCCUGACGUAAAGAUGGAAGAAGAUGACGUGGAAAAGGAAGAGGACUUGGAGAUGGACACGAAAACAAGGGGUGAGCUGGCACAUACUUGUUGGAAGAUUAAGAGGCAAAUUGGAAAAGAAGACCAAAAUUCGGCUCUGAAUGACAUCUCAAUUAAUGCUGAAUGUUCCCAAGAAGAGUUUGCAGAUAGCGGGGAUGGGAAAAAUCAAAUUCAAAGCUCCGAUAAUCAUGAAAGGAUGCCAGCAGAUCUAGAGAUUGUGCCUGAAUCACAAUUAAAUGAAAAAAAGGAACAACAACAAAUGGGUGAAUAUGUUGGGCCAUAUAAACUUCCAAACCCAUUAGUACUUGAUGGAUGUUGGACCAAAAAAGAUAAAAGGAUAACCCAACAAGAGUAUAAUGGGACGGUAGAUGGUGGGCCAACUCCAAUGGAAGAUGAUGAUUUGCUAGAAAAAAAUGGGGUUAAACCAAAAAAUAAUAAAAAUGCUGAUGAUGGAGUCUCAUUCCAGAAGGAUCACGAGAAAGAGAAUGGUAGCACCUGCUCAAGCCAUCCCCAAAUGGCGUUGAAGAAGAACGAGAACCUGAAGAGAGCACAGGAAUCUUGUAAUGUGGAGAGGAUUUGGGCAUUUGUAAAGGAAAUUGGAGCUGGUGACUGUGGCAAUGAACAAGAAGUGAUUCGACGACUAAAGGACAUAGAGGAUAGGGACAAGAAGCUAUUUAGGAAAUCAAAGGUUAGUGAUGAUGUUAUUGAGGGGAUUGAUGGUAAAAGGGCUCUGUGGACUAGCUUGAAGAAUUUGAUCACGGGAACGGGAGGUAACUGGUGCUUGAUGGGAGAUUUCAAUGCCAUAAGAAACGAGCAGGAAUGGAAUGGAGGAAGAACUAGAAGGAGGGAAAUGGUGGAGUUCGACAUAUUCAUUAGAGAUUGUGGCCUUAUUGAUUUACCAUUAAUAGGCCGUAAAUUCACACGGUAUCAGCCAAAUGGAAUAGUUAUGAGUAGACUGGAUAGGUGGCAGCGCCCCCACCUAGAUGGGAUUGCAUUCAAUAAGAUCUCAGAGGAUGAGAACUCAAUGUUGCUAGCUCCUUUCAGCGAAGAAGAAGUAAAGCGAGCGAUGUGGAGUUGCGAAUGCUCAAAAGCACCAGGACCCAAUGGUUUUAACUUCAAAUUCAUAAGAGAAAUGUGGGAGGAAAUUAAAGAUGACAUGAUGGGCUAUGUGGAAGAUUUUCAUAAUCAUGGAAAACUGGUAAGAGGAGUAAAUAGCUCAUUCAUCAUGUUGAUUCCCAAGGUUGUUAAUCCCCAAAAAAUAGAGGAGUUCAGACCCAUCUCCUUAAUUGGGGUUAUGUACAAGGUGAUAGCAAAGCUUUUUGCUAAUAGACUUAGUUUAGUGGUGGACAACAUAAUUGGAGAAAGCCAAAUGGCGUUUGUUGGAGGAAGACAAAUGGCGGACAACAUUGUUAUUGCCAAUGAAAUAAUUGAUGAAGCGAAGAGAAAAAAGAAAGCUAGUUUUGUAUUUAAACUAGACUUUGAGAAGGCAUACGACAAUUUUGCAAACGAUACGAUCUUGUUUGGCAAGGCAGAGGAAGACAAUAUAUGGGCAUCAAAAAGUAUCAUGAGAACCUUCGAGUUGGUGUCGGGAUUGAAGAUUAACUUCGGUAAAAACCAGCUCAUGGGCAUAAAUGUUUCAGAUGAUUGGAAGACAAAAAUGGCUCACAUAUUGAAUUGUAAACAAGGAGCAUUACCCUGCAAGUACCUUGGAGUACCAAUAAGAGGCAAUUGUAGAAACACUACUGUAUGGAAACCUUUGGUCGAGACUUUCAAGAAGAAAUUGAGCUCAUGGAAGGGCAGGUUCCUCUCCCUUGGUGGAAGGAUCACACUCCUCAACUCCGUGCUGUCCAAUCUUCCAGUGUUCCCCAUGUUCGUGCACCUGCUUCCAAAAGGUUUGAUCCUUUCUCUCGAUAAAAUUCGUAGGAACUUCCUAUGGGGGGGAGGGGAGGGGAAGAGAAAAACUAGUUGGGUUUUUUGGGACAAAGUUUGUAAAAGUAAAAUGGAGGAAGGGCUAGGAGUUAAAGAGCUAAGAAGAUUCAAUCUCGCCUUGUUGGGCAAGUGGUGGAAUAGACUAGCGAGUGGAAACAAAGGUCUUUUAUAUAGGAUCAUUAAAGAAAAAUAUGGAAGUGUGGACGGCCAUUGGUUAGAGUGGGCACAAGAGACUAGACAUAGGGGAUCCAUUUGGUGGAGAAACAUUUGCAAGAUAGACCACAUUGAUCACAAUAAAAGGGGAUGGCUUAAAGAAGGAUUUAAAUUAAAAAUGGGGGAGGGGAAUAUUGCAAGAUUCUGGAAGGAUGUGUGGAUUGGGGACCAAUCUCUUGCUAAUCAAUUCCCUAGAUUGUUCCUUGUGUCUACAGCACAGAAGAUAGCAAUCACCUGUUUAUUCACUGCAGAGUUGCUUGCUCGAUGUGGUAUAAAUGUUUGCAAUGGUGGAGGACAUCAAUGGAAUGGAAAGAUCUUCAGAAACUUCGAGUAUGAAGUCAACAGAAUAUUUGAAAUUGUUCAACUCAAAGCCUUCAACUGGAUCAAAGGUAAAGCAAAUGGAUACUCCUUUAAUAUGUAUGAAUGGAUGUUGGAACCGGUUUUGAGCUUAAAAGCUAAACGGAAGACUCAAAUCGGCCUUUUCAAGUGCAAAAAUGCUCUACUGGACACUAAUACGCUACUGAACCUAUUCUGAACCUCUACUUGCAGCUGAAAGGUUCCGAUAGGUUCAGAAAGUUGAGUUGCUGGUUUUCUAGUAUAUGUAUUUUGUACCAAGGGCAGGGGUACCCCUUGUACUCCAUGAAAUAAAAAUCACUUUGCUGU